AGUAUAGGGAUUGUAGGAAUCAACAUCAUAUUUCUUUAUGGUUUCUGGUUGGAAGGAGGAAGGUUAAAGGCAGUACAGGUUGCUGGAAGACUUGCUAACAGCUAUUGUUUCCUUAGUCUUCCGGUCCUGUAAUAGACAGAAAUCAGGGAAAAAGAGGUGUUCAAGAGGCAGUCGGAACAUAUGGCUUCAUCAUUCAGAGCGUUCUUGAAUAGUCCAGUUGGUCCUAAAACAACUCAUUUUUGGGGACCCGUAGCCAACUGGGGUUUUGUUGUUGCUGGGUUGGUUGACAUGCAGAAACCCCCCGAAAUGAUCUCUGGAAACAUGACUGCGGCAAUGUGCGUCUACUCAGGAUUGUUCAUGAGGUUUGCAUGGAUGGUGCAGCCACGUAAUUAUCUACUUCUAGCAUGUCAUGCUUCAAAUGAGACGGUACAGCUCUAUCAACUUUCUAGAUGGGCAAAGGGUCAAGGGUACUUGUCAUCAUCGGAGAAAAAAGAAGAGGCCUCGUCUCAGUAGUGACUUGAUGCGGCCUUGUUUCCAUGUCAGUUUCCAUUAACUCUGCUUCUGAUUUGAAGUGCAUACAUUGUUAUUUCCAACAGUGACUAUUCUGCAUGCACGGCCAUUAGUUAUCUUCUUGUUUGGAUAAAUAAAGCUUUGAAUCCGACCACGAUAAAUGAUUUGAAUUAUAAAAGCUUCGUUUUACCAUAGCCAUGGAUA